AAAAUCAGCCAUAAGCUUGUCUGUUGGGCUGAUAUAUAAAGGCAGCAAGUGACACAGGAACCACUCUGGAGAAUAACUGCAACCUGAACUUUGAUUUUAAGCACUUUGAAAAGAAACAGUUGCAGACACAGGAUGGAAUCCUCCAAACUCGCCCUGCUGCUGGUCAUUUUGUACUGUGUGGAGCGUGGUCUGUGUGGGUCUUGUGUCGUUGACAGCUUCUCAGUCAAGGAAGACUUUGACCCUAAGAGGUAUGCAGGAAAGUGGUACGCUCUGCAGAAGAAGGACCCGGAGGGGCUGUUCCUGCAGGACAACAUCUCGGCUGAGUACACCAUUGACGAUGAUGGCUCCAUGACUGCCUCCUCCAAGGGACGUGUCACUCUUUUUGGCUUCUGGGUUGUGUGCGCUGACAUGGCUGCUCAGUACUCUGUUCCCGACCCUGGCACCCCUGGAAAAAUGUUCAUGAACUACCAGGGUCUGGCCAGCUACCUCUCCAGCGGAGGUGACAACUACUGGGUCAUUGACACCGACUAUGACAACUAUGCCAUCACCUAUGCCUGCCGCACCCAAAAGGAUGAUGGGAGCUGUGAGGACGGUUAUUCCCUUGUCUUCUCCAGGAACCCCCGUGGCCUCCCUCCCGCCAUCCAGCGCAUCGUCCGUCAGAAGCAGGAUGAUAUCUGCAUGGCCGGGCAGUUCCAGCCUGUGCUGCAGUCUGGAGCCUGCUAACAAGCAAAGGAGAGGGAACUUAAAAGUGGAAGUGUGUGCCUGAAAGCUACAGCAUGGGUGACUUUGUAAUAUAAAGGAGAGAGUGAAUGUGAAAGUUGAGAUGGUGCAAACACAAGAUGGAUAUUAGUAAAGUAAACAAAACCAAAUUAUUGAAAUACCCUCGUGUUUCAUUCAGCUGUGUGAUUUAUCUCAAAGAAAAUUGUUGCUGUUGCAGUGGAACUUUGGUUGAAUGUGAAAAAUUGAAAUAAACUUGUUUUUUUCUAAACACACA